AUGUGGGCGUCGGAUAUCGGGGAGAUGCGGAUGAGGGACGUGCCGAUGGCGACGGAGUUCGGCCCAGCGCCCGUUGGUGGGGUUGCUGCCGGGAGUGGUGGCGUCGGCGCUGCAGCGGAGGCAGCGGCCGCCGAUUCUGGGUACGGGAGCGAACCUGGGUACCGUGGCGACGUGGAGCUGGGAUACGGAGAUGAGAUCGACGAAGAGGAGGAGGAUGGGAAGCAGCAGCUGUUCUGGGGCGGGGUGAUUGGAGGUGAUAAGCGUCCUUGA